CCCAGCGCAGGUAGACAUCAUCCAAAUCAUUGUAGAUCUACUGCUAAAAGUGCUAGCUCCAACAAAACAUAUCAAAAUGAGGGAUGUUUCGGGCUAUCUAGCGGAACAGAAGAGACAAGCCAGCGCAGAUGUUGCAGAAACAUGGAAUGAGAUCGAAGAACUGUAUAAUAAAAAGUUAUGGCAUCAGCUGACAGUCAAACUCUUAGACUUCGUGAACCAUGAACAGUUUGCUCAGGGAGACGGACUACUCAAGCUGUAUGAAAACUUCCUGUCAGACUUUGAGCACAGAAUCAACCCUCUGUCGUUAGCCGAGCUUGCAACUGUUAUAGUCAAACAAGUACCAGAUUACACUGAAGCGUUGACCUUUAUUGAGAAGAUCUAUGAAAAGGUCAAGGCUACCGACCAGGCUGGGAUACUAUGUCUGACAGUAGGUGGCAUGAUGAAGCUCAAGGUCAACGACCUCGAAGGAACUAAGGUCAAGGUCGAAGAAGUCCAGAAGAUCUUGGACAACUACGAUGGAGUGACCACUGUCCAUGCCAGGUUCUAUGACCUGUCCAGUAACUAUUACAAGGUGACCGGUAACCAUGCCCUCUACUAUCGGGAUGCCUUGAGAUAUCUGGGAUGCUUAGACAUUAAGGAUAUAGGGGAGGAGGAGAGGAGAGAACGUGCAUUCAAUCUUGGGCUAGCAGCUCUUCUUGGAGAUGGAGUAUAUAACUUUGGUGAACUGUUGGCCCAUCCUGUGCUGGAGUCCCUACGAACCACCGACAAAACCUGGCUGGUUGACCUUCUCUUUGCAUUCAACCGUGGCAAUCUAGAUCAAUUUGAAUCCAUGGCACAAGUAUGGAAACAGCAGCCUGAUCUUGCAACCAGUGAGCUUCCUUUGAGGCAGAAGAUCUCGCUUCUCUGUCUGAUGGAGAUGACGUUCACACGGCCAGCCAACAAUCGGAGUCUUACAUUCGCUGAGAUCGCACAAGCUGCCAAGCUACCCCUGAAUGAGGUUGAAAUCCUAGUGAUGAAGGCAUUAUCAUUGGGUCUAGUGAAAGGUUCUAUCGACCAAGUAGAAAGCAAGGUUCAUAUGACAUGGGUACAACCAAGAGUACUGGAUGCUAAACAGAUUGCCACAAUGCAGACUCGGUUAGGAGAAUGGUGCGAAUACAUCAAGAACACACACGUCAUGUUAGAAGACAGAGCACAGGACAUUCUCGACAGAAAUUGAUUAUAUCUAUCCAUGACCAACGGGAAAGGUUGAAAGUAUUUGAUGAGUUACUGCCCCACACAUUACAAAGAAUUAAAUAAUUUGCCCGCAAGAAGUGAUGGCCCAUGCUCUUAAUUCAUUAUUUAUUAGGAGGCACGAUAGCUCAGUGGUCUUGUAACCCGGGAGGCCCCGGUUUCAAAACCAAGAUGAUGUGCUAGUGCCCUUUGGUAAGGCAUUAGUCCUCAUUACCAAGUCCCUCAGAGAGGUCUUAAAGCUGUAGGUCCCCUGGUUGCUUACUUACACAAGCAUACGCAUGCUUUCUUUGCAGUCGGGUAAAACAAACAAAGAAGGCUGUUAUGUUCUUUUUGCGGGCAGGCUACAAUUUUUUGGCAGUAUCUGUAGCUCCCAUGUUUUUGAUAAAAAUAAAUCUGGGCAAUCCCAAAGAAAGUGCACAUAGAAUUUCUCUUUGCCAGAGUCUAACAACCCUCGUGCUGCUACAGCUGAUGGAAAUUAUUUUUUUGGAUGACGAGUGUUAAACCAAAUGGGUUGAACUAAAUACCCCCUGGUAUAUUUACUGUUUUGUGUCUUGCAACUCUUGCUAGCUCAGCUGGAAGAUGGAGCUCAAAAUACUUCAAUCUUUUCAAAGUCCCUGCAAAGUAAUUACUAGGUUUGCCCCACACACCAUAGCCUUUCAAAGUUUGGACCUUUUUCUGAUAUUUGGGAUGUUGAUCCCUUGCAUCGUUAUGAACACCGUUUAGCUUCUCAACUCCAAUUGUUUUGUCAGGAAUGGCUGAGAGAGAGAGAGAGAGAGGGGGGGGGGGGGGGGGAUGACUCGUUGAUAUGUCAGAAUAGUCUCUGGCAAGUAUUCCUGUUGCUAAAAGCGACACUCCAUUAUGAGACUUGAGCGUUUCAAAGCAAUUUGAAAUGAUGUAUUUAGAAAAGCAUUUUUGUUGUCAUUUGAUAUAUAUGUUUCAGUAGAACUGUUUAUUUGUAUUUGUAAUAAAGGAAAACAUUCUUUAACAUUCA